AUGUCUUUCCACUACUCUGCUGAGGACAUCCGCAUCGAGGACGGCCACAUCCUCAAGGCCCGCCUCCAGCGUGCUGACGGCGAUUGGAACGACUCUGAGAUCGACCUUAACAACCACAUUGGCAACGACAACGGCCACUUCUACUGGGACGGCGAGAAUUUUGCCGGCUCAGCGGAGGAAGUUCAUUUCACCAUCGAGGGCGACGGCUCCGUUCCCGUCCUCCGUGCCAACCUCGUCGACCAGGAAGGCAACCUUCAGCAGCGUGACGUCAACCUGUCCGAGCGCAUCUCCAACAACAAUGGCGACUUCAACUACAGCAAGUGGAUGCCGUCGCUCAAGCUUGACCAUGCUAACGCUCUACGCAGACUGAGUGUUGUGAACCUUAUGAGUACUACGAUAGUAAGGCGGCCUUGA